GUGCCCAAACUGUCUCUUAUUAUUUUAUCCGUUCGAGAAUUUUUUCCAGCUCUGAGUAAUGGCGGAGACACAAAAGAAGAUGGAAGAGGAAGCACCGGCACCUCCCCCUCCUGCUCCGGCUCCAGCUCCCGUCGUGGCUCCACCUCCCGUCGUGGCUCCACCUCCGGUUGGGCCACCAAAACCGGUAGUCGAGGACAAAAUAGUCGUUCCACCACCUGAAACAAAGCCUGAUGAAUCCAAAGCUCUUGCUAUAGUAGAGAAGGCUCCAGAGUCUGCACCAAAGAAAAUUUCAGGAGGAUCACAUGAUAGAGAUAUUGCUCUUGCAGAGGUUGAGAAGGAAAAAAAGUUGUCCUUUAUCAAGGCAUGGGAAGAAAGUGAAAAGACAAAAGCAGAGAAUAAGGCUCAGAAGAAACUCUCUGAUGUUGUUGCUUGGGAGAACAGCAAGAAAGCAGCUUUAGAAGCACAAUUAAGGAAAACUGAGGAACAAUUGGAGAAAAAGAAAGCAGAGUAUGCAGAGAAAAUUAAAAAUAAGGUUGCUUUAAUUCACAAGGAAGCUGAAGAAAAGAAAGCAGUGGUCGAAGCCAAGCGAGGAGAAGAAGUUCUCAAGGCAGAGGAGAUGGCUGCAAAAUACAGAGCAACUGGACAGACUCCAAAGAAGCUUCUUGGUUGCUUUUGAAGUCAUGAAGUUCUAGGGUUGAUAGAGAAUGAAAUGCAGUCUGAGAGCUGAGUGUUUCACUUCAUCUGCCAUAGUUUUCUUGUUUAUAACUCCCACUUUUCAUCCGUAUAUUUUUUCUUUUAUGUUUUUUACAGCAAUUUCUGUGUCACAUUUUGUUAUAAACCAGACUGCAACAUAUUGUCCAUAAGGGGUAUAAUUAAUCUUUUUUUUUUUUUUGGUAAAACAAGUUUGAGGUUUUCCAUUUUGUUUGGAAGUUUCCAAAAACUAAUAUUUUCAAUACUAUUUUUAAUAAAUUUUUAUUAUAUAUCUGAAUUCUCCACUUGUUCUUCCUGAAGUCAUAAACUUUUUAUGUUUUUAUCUCAUCAUUUGUUCUGCCUGGUAACCAAGAAGCUUUGGCAGUCAUGAAACAAAAGCAUUUGUUUCACAGUUAAUCUUGUCGAUAAGUUAUUAUCCUAGGCGAGCAUCCGAUACACGAGGUGAGCCCAAGCUUUCAACGUAUGGAAUCAUAGCAAACUUGCAAAGGCCAUGGACUUCAAUCUUCUUAACCAUUGCAUCUUUGGGAUUGUAAAGAAAUAACACUGCUGUCUCGCCACCUUCUUGCGUCUCCCUGCUGUAUUCUUUUGUCAAAACUUGUCCAUUCUUAGUGAAAUAUAUAUGGAGAACUGCA